ACUUUGUGUCUCAGCGCCUGAUAAAUGUCUGCAGCAAGUUGUCCCUUCCACCAUUGGUCCUCCAGCUCCAUUUAACACACCUGCAGCCGCAGCGGAGACAGGUAAACUCCUGUUUAAAGCCGACACAGGACGGCUCAGRUCUUCUGUCAGCAGGUUUCAGGCUGGAUCGGUUUUAUUUGAAUCAUUAUUUAAUUUAAAAAAAGGAAACUGACUCACCAAAUGAGUGCAUGAAACGAGCGCUGCUGACAAGCGGGACUCAGAUUUUAAAUCAGCUCCACCGAAGCUCAUCAAACCUCACAGAAAACAGAAUUGCAAAACCUCAUGGAUUUGGUGGAUAUUUGUGCAGCCACCUCCACGGGAGAUCACAAACCCUGUGUGAAGAAGAGGAAGAGGAGCGGGCACACACGUCUCCAGCUCAGGAAGGCUGCCGUUCGGCCCCCAGCCAUGCAAGGCCGAGAUAAGCCCGGACCAAAGCAGAUAGCGGAGGAGGAGACCGCCGCGUGGCUUCCGCCRAAGAAAGCCCCACAGGAAGUCGACGGCACGCUCAGGUUCCCGUGUCCUCGGUGUGAGGACGCCUCGGCGUUCGCUCCGAAAGACUUGUCGGGACAUUUUGUGGACAAACGCGGAGGGAGCCCGCCGGUUUUCUCCUGCCCCGUGUGCACCUUCAGCACCGACGAGCUCUCCCUCCUUCAGGUUCAUCUCUUAAGCCACAAGGACACUUUCUCCAGCUGCUGCUUGUGCAACGAUAACGUGCCGCGCACCUGGCCCGAGUUCCGCUCCCACCUGACGGCGUUCCACUGCUCAGGCGGCAGAUACUCAUGCGAGACGUGCAGGAGUUUCUCCUCGGGYGACUUCAGAGCGUUCCUGGAACACAUUCACAAACAUAAUUUAACCCUGGAGGGUGCCGGGGACAAACGGGACGGCAAAACUCCGGCCCGUCGGCUCCGCGGCUCCGAGGAGCCGGAGAAACRGUCCGUCGCUAAGCUCGUCAAAGCCGACCACGUUGGCCAGAGGGGGGUCCGCUCCGUCCCCGGAGGUAAGACCAGRACGACCAGGAGUUCGGUGAGGGAGACCUGCUGGCUGCCGCAGGACUGCCUGUCUCUGCCGGGGAGACAGUUCCUGGAUAAAUACUGCUACCUGUCCGACCCACAGGCCACGCUGCAGGAGACCCAGCACUUCCUGAUGGAGACCGUAGCCGCCGAAACCGACGACCAGAAGUGGACCGAGGCUCUGAAAACGGUCCUGUCGAGCGUUCCCCCGGACAUGAGUCUCUACCAAACGGAGGAGGGCGUCGACGCGUCGGACCUGGCCGUCCUCACGGUCAAGAACAAGAUCACCGUAGCUCAGAACUACGCCAAGAGGUUGAAAAUGUCCGCGGAUAAGAAGGCGGUUUGUCCCGAAGGCMACGCCGGCGAUGGGAACGAGAGCGAGCGGAAAGAUCCAACCCGACGUCGGCAGAACAAACUCAACGACCUCKCACCGUCUGAGCCGUCUCCGUGUGCGGCAGCGCGGGAGAACAGGGAGAACCGGGAGCUGAWGAUGAACUCUGAAGGGAACGCCGACAGAAUCCAUGCUUCAGGAGAUCUAAAAGACGAGGGGCUGGAGAGGACGCUCGACGUCCCGUCCAUGAGCAAGACGCAAAAGAGACGACGGAGAAGAAAGUCCAGGUUCAAAAAGAACAAGAAGAAGACCUUCAACAUGGUCCUGAAGAACCCAGAGGAGAAGCAGUGGCUCUCACAAACGCCUGCGUCUCCUGAAGGACCGUCUGAUCCUCGGACGACUCCAGAGACGGUCGAGACGAACCCCCAGGACCCCCCUGAAACCAGGACUUUGAUUCAUCAGUCAGAACCUGGAGCUGGAUCACCCUGCUGCUCUGUAGAAACAUCCGGACCUGAAGAUCCAACCAGAACCAAAGCUGCGACAAUCGAAGGAUCUACCUCCCCUCCUCAGGGGGCGCCGGACGACUCGAAGCAGUCCGGUCUUUGCUCACAGGCAGGAGCAGACGAGCACAGAUCAGCCGAUGGAAGAGUCCGGUCCAACCAGAGGGCUGCUCCUGAAGACGUGAAACUCCAGAACUCCACAGAUGGUCCCGCCUGUCGAACUGCGGAGGAAGAACCGAGCCCAGCUGCUGCUGCUGCAGCUGCUGGACCUCAGGGGAGGCCUCGUUGGGAGGAGUCCUGCGUUGCAGCGGCCACAGGUCUAGAAGGCCAGGUGGAAGUUCCUUCAGGUUCCUGCCCAGAUCUCCUCAGCAGGAUCCAGGUACCCUCAGGUAAACCUACAGAGAACGAGUCCCCACCUGGACCCSGGCUCYGGUGGCAGCCGGUCCCCAAACAGCAGGUGAGAACCCUGAAGCUAGUGGCCAUAAGCUCCUCCCAGCGGGUGAAGCGUCCRGCGGGAGACCAGCCCGUCGUGGUGCUGAACCAUCCGGACGCCGACUCCCCCAACGUGGCCCGGAUCAUGGAGGUGGUCAGCAGGCACAGGGAGGUCCAGAAGGUGGUUCUGUCCCGCCGGACUCUGAGCGAGCUGUYGGGUUUGAGCGACGAGGCCCCCGCGCCGCUCGGCUCCGUGCAGGAGAGGUUCACCCUGAAGCUGAAGUUUCGCCGACUGAGCCGCAGGAAGUACGAGAUCGUGGAUUCGGAGUCCGAGUUCCCCUGCUGGUUCUGUGGCCGGAUCUUUACGAGCCAGAACGCCAUGAUGGUCCACCGGAGGCGCCAUCUGAUGGAGUGGAAGAAGCCAAACUGUGAAAACUGAACGUCAAACACACUGGAUGAGAAAAACAAGAAGAGAAACUUUUUAAAAAAAAGUCUUAAAUGUGAUUUUUUUAUUUUAUUUUUGUUAAUCAAGUCGACUUCUGGAGGGUUGAGAUUCUCAGGGUAACAAAACAUUUUCCCUUUUCUUUCUCUUCCAGUCUUCAUUUAAAGAGUUUAGUUGAGUAUUUGUUAGGUUGUAAACAUUUGGGUGUUGAUUUAUUUCAGUUUUUAUUGUUUGUAUAUAUUUUUGGCUCUAUUUAAGGUCAUUUAGGUACACUGACGUAUGGAAUCUUUUAUAAAACACUGUAAUUUGUUCCUUUUUGUUUUCCGUACGGGUCGGCCAUGCUGUCRUAUUUAUAUUUUAGUUACUCAGAAAAACCAAAAGUGUGUUUAAAAACACCAAAAAUCAGCUGUUUAUCAGCAUUUAUUUAUGAUGCCUUCAGCUUUAGAGUUUUAUGUUUCCAUCAUGUCUUUACAAGAAUCCAUGUAUUUCCUCUGUUGUCUGAACUCCACAUUAUGUUGAAGCUGUAUUAUUUACUGUGAGAGCUUUAUUAUUUACAUGCAUUAUUAAGUGGGAGUUAAUAUCCCUGAGAAGAGAUUUUUUUAAUAGUAAAACUGCUUUUUAUAUAGAAAUUGAUUUAAAAAGAUUGAGAAAAUCAGCUUUUUUUUUAAGUUUGAGGUCGAGAAGAUUUGAUCUCCUCUGAUUGGAGUUAAUUUCUGUUGACGUGUAAAGAUGUUAAUCCUAAAAUUGCACUAAAAAAAGAAGUUUUAUUUGUAGUUACCUCACCUUACCAGGCCUUAGCCUGGGGUUCGCAACCUUUACAAUCAAAAACAGAUUUUUCUGUUUCUUUAAUUUACGCAGAGCCACAGAAGUUAGUUUGAUAACCCAACUCAGGAAGUGAAAUAUAGAWACAGCCUCUGUUCAGAAUGAGUUGAGAUGUUGCUUUAAACCUGAAUAAAAACAGAAUGCAAUGAUUUGUAAAUCUCAUAAACACAUAUUUAAUUCCUAGUGUAUCAUAAUAAUCAUGUCAAAUGUUGAAACUCAUAAAUCAUUUUUAGGAAAAAUCUGUUAAUUUUGAAUUUCAUGGUAGCAACAAGUCUGUUUAAAGUUGUUCCCUCUGUGAACAGACCACACCUUUUGAUAAUUAACCUAAUUAGCUGUAAAAUUAUUCUCCAGCUGUUUCUUUUUUACCACUUUUUGUUUCCAUUGGGACGACUUAAAGAUGUUGCAGCCAAAACGUUUGAAAUUACCUUUUUUUUCCUCUUCAAAGUCAUAUAUUGAUAUAUUAAUUUUUACUAGAUAUAUUUACUUUUUUCUGUUGUGAUUAAAAUAUGUGUUUAUGAGAUUUGCUAAUAAUUGCAUUGUUUUUAUUAUCUUUACAACAUCACAGCUUUUUUCAGAAUUGCGGGUGACCAAAAUAUAAAACAAACUAUCGUUAUGAAAUUAAAGAUCUGUAAAAAUACCAAUUAUGUUCAAAGGAAAAGAGUAAGCGUUUAUGAAAAAGGGAAAUAAAUCAUUUUGUUCAUUCUUCCUUUGAUAAAAUGAGAUGAGGCACAGAUUGCAGACCCCUGCCUUAGCCGAUGACAAUCUCAAACCAGUGGUCUGUGUCUCAGUAUUUACAGAAAACUGUGGCUCCUGUGCAGACUCAUGCUUCAGGAGCAUCACUAAUAUAUAUUUUUGUUUCAAAUAAAAGAUUUAUAAUUGUACAUAGUAGUGUUAGAGGAUUUGUAAAGUUUAACCUGAGAAUUUUCACUAAGUGCCUGAUAUAAAUAAAUAUGCAACGGGUAUGACAGCAUUAAUUACAGAACUGAGAAUAAAGGAAAUGUUUUGUUGUGACUGAAAGUUUGAGUCAAAAAAAACUUUAUUAAAACAAAGAAUACAAACAAGAAUCUUCAGAGUUCUCCCAGCACUGUCUCAUUCCUCACGUUAACUUUAAUUUACUGACUGAAAAAUCUGAAUAAAACAUGAGCUGGAAAAAG